UGCUUAGUAUCGCAGUCACAGCGCGCCAAAUAUGAUGCGCACUGAUACCGCGGCACCGCGAAUAUCCCAUAUAGGGCUCGUUGCACGAAGCCCUGAGGGUCAUGCCGCCAAAAAAAUGCAGAUCAAGGGGCAAGAAGAUCAGUGGAUUCACAUACAAGAGAACACAUUCAAAAAUUGGGUGAACGAACACGUGUCGCCGUCGAAUCGCGUGAAUGAUUUAACCGAAGACUUGUGCGACGGGCGUGUGCUUUGCGAGUUGGUGGAAAACUUACAGAACAAGAAAAUACCCUCAUGGACUUACAGCCCUCACAACCGACAUCACAUGUUGGAGAAUGUAUCCAAAGCCCUAACUGCAAUAGCCGAUGAUGGUGUAAAACUAGUCAAUAUUGGAAACGAAGAUAUAGUUAACGGCAAUUUAAAACUUAUUUUGGGUUUGAUAUGGUCGUUAAUUGUCCGUUAUCAAAUAGGACGUUCAAAGUUUCCUCCCAAAAAACUAAUGUUAGCUUGGCUCAAGUCCGUUCUACCAAAUUGCGACGUGACUAACUUCACAACAGACUGGAAUUCUGGAGUAUACUUGUCAUCUUUGCUUGAUCACUGUGAGCCAGGAUUGUUUCCACACUGGAAAAAUUUGGAUCCUAAUGAUGGUAUAAAUAACUGCCGCCGUGCUAUGGAACUGGCGCGAGAUAGAUUCAAUAUACCAAUGAUCUUAGAACCCGAAUACUUAGCUUCGCCACACCUCGAUGAAUUAUCCGGUAUGACUUAUCUUUCUUACUUCAUGAAAGAUAAAAGCCCCGGCACUAGAUCUACAUUGAAUUGGGUGAACAGCCAGUUGAAAAAUCAUACAGUUUCCAAUUUCACAACUGACUGGAAAGACGGAGUAGUCUUAUGUGAAUUAAUGAAAUCAUUAGGAGUUCCAGUCAAGUAUGAAAUUCAUGAUGACCCUUCCGUUUGGGAGUCUAACUUAAACGCAGGCAUGAAUGCUGGUAGAAAAUUGGGCGUUGAACCUUUGUUGAAGGCAAAAGACGUGUCAAGUUUAAACGCAUCACACUUAGGGAUGAUGUCUUAUGUAUCUAAUUUCCAAUGGGUAAAACCACGUACGAAACCAUCACAUACCGUACGGGCGCAUAGCGAAACCCACACCACUAGAGUUUAUAAGCCCACGAAUUUCAAAGUAUCUUUUCUAGAUUCCGAAGUAGACCCCAAGGAUGUGACGGUCGAAAUAAUUGGACCGGAACUCAACGUGAUACCGUGCAAUUUGAAUCUUAAACACAACGGGGGCACGUGUACAUUCGUACCACUAAUUAUUGGAAUGUACAAGGUAACCAUUUAUAAUGGUGAUGAAGUGGUGCAAGGUUGUCCCUUAUUCAUUAGAGCAAUGCCCGAGGUAUCUGAAAUCAAACAUACAGGCAUGGAACCUUGUGCAGUCGGUUCUAUUGUCGAAGUUUUGAUAAAUUGCAACGGAGCUAAAGUUCAAAACAUUCAAGUGAUUGCUGAAAGUCCGGAAGGUAGGCAAUUAGAGUGUCCAGUUACAGAAUCUGGAGAUGCCUACAGGACAACAUUUCAGCCAGACGAACCUGGUGAAUGGACUAUAUCAAUAAAACAUCGCGGUCAAUUGAUCCAGGGAAGUCCUUAUACGUGUUUUGUUUUUGAUCCAAACGGCAUAAAAUUGCUCGGAUUAGAGCGGCCUGCUAUUGCAGGAAGUAUAGUAAAUUGGACUCUAGACGCGAGGGGUACUGGUGGUUUGGGCAAGAUCGAAAUCGAUAUCGUACAUGACAAACAAUCACUUCCACAUACUAUAGAACAUAUAGGUAACUCUAUAUACAAUGUGUCUUUGCAUACAAGAAGACCUGGCAAGUAUAAAAUAUAUGUUUACUUUAAUGGAGCUACAAUUAAAGGAAGUCCGUUUCCGCUUAGAGUUGGUACCAAAGAAGAAGUUAAACGGCAUAGAAGUACUCCAACUAAGUUACAAAAUGGACAUAAUUCUUCUUCGUCUCACAACUUCUCAUCUUCUUCUAACGAGUACCACAAAAAUAGCAGUCUUCUUCGACCUAUUUCACCUUUACAAUCACCAAAGUAUACUUCUUCGCCUAUCAAUCAUCAUAGUAACACAUUUAAGUCAACAAAUUUUUUGGAAUCUGGGUUUCGAAGCCUUUCAUCACCAUUACACUUAAACAUCCCGAGUUCUUUGUCUCCGAACCAUAGUUAUGUGUCUCCGGUAAAAAGUGUCGUGUCACCGCCGAAAUAUAAAAAUGAAAUUGUUACCGGCGAUAACUUACAAUUGAUGCCAGUUCAUAGAUCUUCUACUGUUUUUAUAAAUUCAGACGAACCAUUGACUAAUAUCAACGUUACAGUUACUGGUCCAAUGAAUAAAACAAUGCCUGUCAGAAUGUCGAGAAAUAUUGCACAAGGUCAAGUUUUAGCACAAUUUAAAGCUGAACAAAUCGGAGAACAUUCUAUAGAUGUCAAAAUCGAUGGAGUCAAAGUACCAGGGUCACCAUUUAGGAGUCAUGCAUAUGAUGUAUAUGCAAUUAAAGUUGGACAUAUACCAAAUGGUGUUGUAGGAGAACCCGUCGAAUUUGAAAUCGAUGGAUCUGGAGCUGGAUCUGGGAACUUGGAAAUAUUGGUAAACGGUGGUCAUGUUACCAGUUUUGUUCGAAAUUUGGGUAAUCAAAAAUUCCUUGCAUCGUUUGUUCCACACAAAUCGCUUGUUCAUUUAGUCGAUAUGAAAUUUAACAAUGAACAAGUACCAGGGAGUCCCUGGGAAGUUUCAAUCAUGAGUAGUGCAGGAUAUAGUCCAAAGUUUAGUGUCAUUGGUGAUGCUAUUAAAUUGAUACCAGUUGAUUCAGUUGCAAUUUUUCAAAUAAGUGCAAUUGGUUAUCAUCGUGAAGACAUUCAAGUUAAUGUGUUAAGUCCAACAAAGCAUAAUGUUCAUGCAAAAAUAGUAAAUGAAGGUGGUAAUGGAGUAUUUAGGAUUGAAUUUUUGGUUGUUGAAGUUGGAACACAUUUGGUUGAAGUUAGUGUAGCAGGUCAUAAACUUAGUACUGGUUCAUUAUUAGCCAAAGGAUAUAACUCAGCGUUAAUAAGGGUGACAGAUGUGUCUGAUGCUGUUGUUAGUCAACCAUGCCAAUUCAGAGUUGAUGCUAGUGAUGCAGGUGAAGGUCAAUUAGAAAUAUCAAUUAAUGAAGGGGAAGUACCUAAUCAUGUGACUGUCGUUGGAGGUGGACGAUGUUUGGUAUCUUUUACACCAGAACAUGUUAAACCUCAUAUGAUAGACAUUAAAUUUAACAGUGAAACUGUUAUAGGAUGCCCUUUUGUAUGUUCUGUAUCAGAUACUAGUCGUGUUUCUGUCAAUUUAUCUCGUUUAGAACUAAUACCUGUUAAUCAGGUAGCAAAGUUUCAUAUGAUGGUUGACAAUUCAGCAUCUGCAGAAUUAUCAGUAUCUGUAACUGGACCAACAUCUGAAUUACCUGUAAAAGUCACUGGUAACGUAAAUAUUGGUUUCACUGCAGAAUUUACACCAAUUCAAGUUGGGGCCCAUUCAAUAUCCGUGGAAUAUAAUGGUCACCCUGUUAAUGGUACACCGUAUGUAGCCAAGGCUUAUGAUGCUAGCAAAGUUUUAGUUGGAAAUGUACCAAAAGGUCAUGUUGGAAAUUCAUAUCAAUUUACUGUUGAUGCUAGUGAAGCUGGUGAAGGUAAUUUGGAAAUUACUAUUUCUGCCAGAGGAGCAAAUAUUCCUACACAAGUUCAUCCACAAGGCAAUGCUAAAUUUGCUGUUAGUUUUUUACCACUCCAACCAACUGAUCACAUUAUUACUAUACAUUUUAAUAAAGAAUCAGUCCCAGGGUCUCCAUUUAUUGCUCAUGUAGAAGGAGACUUGCCACUGGUCAGCGGUUCAUCUCUGACUUGUGCACCUGUUUCUAGUACUUCUCAUUUCACAAUGAGCAAUGUAUCUGGAUCACUGGAUGAUAUCGAAGUCAAUGUUGAGGGUCCCAACGGCUCAGCCGUUCCUGCCCAAGUCAAAGAUUCUGGUUCACAGACAUACAAAAUUGAAUUCUGUCCAAAAAUUGUUGGAGAACAUAAAAUUGCAGUUAAUUAUUUACGAACUCCUGUAGCUGGGUCACCUUUCAGCUGCAAAGUGUAUGACAUUAGAGCAAUUAAAGUGAAAUCUGUUCCAAAAGGAACAGUUGGUCAACAAGUCACUUUCAUUGUUGAAACAAGUCAAGCGGGUCCAGGUAAUCUAGAAGUAACUGUCAAUGGCGGUCGUGUACCAACUUCUGCUCAAGCUCAGGGACCCCACACUUAUGCAAUAUCAUUUACACCACGCCAGCCUACAGUUCAUACAGUUAAUUUACGUUUUAAUAAUCAUGAUGUACCAGGUUCUCCAUUUGCUUGCUCUGUUACUGAAGCUGCUAGAGUAGUUGUUUGGUCCGCAAAUGAAGAUAAAGUAUCUGUUGGUAAAACCGCAUCUUUUGCUGUUCAGUGUGAAAGUAGUCCACAGGUUCAAGUUUUAGCACCACUUCGUCAUUCAUUACCAGUGACUGUUACACCAGCUACUCAGCCUUCUACACAUAAUGUACAAUUUAUACCUAUUGAUGUUGGUGAUCAUAGUGUUGAAGUUAAAGUAGAUGGCAUUCAUGUUGAAGGUAGCCCAUUCUUAGUAAAAGCUUAUGAUGCUUCAAAAGUAUGCGUAACAGAUAUUAAUACAGGAUUUGUUGGAAAAUCUGUGAAUUUUAAUAUCAAUGCUAGUGAAGCUGGUGCAGGAAAUUUAGAAAUUAUUGUGUCGGUUAAUGGGGUAAAUGUUCCCAACUAUGUUCAAUCUGAAGGAAAUGCUAAGUUUCGUGUUAAUUUUAAACCACAAGAACCUGCACCUCAUAGUUUGAGUGUGCGUUUCAAUGGAGAGCCUAUACCAGGGUCUCCAUUAACCUGUCGUGUAUUGGAUAUCGAUCAAGUUGCAGUUACUGGUACAGGUGUUCAAUAUUGUGCAUUAAAUAAGACAGCUGACAUAAAAAUUGAAAGUCCAGAUAUUUCAAAUGAUACUAAAUAUAAAGUUAAUGUUUUCUCCCCAACUGGGUCUCCAGUAAAUGUAAAGACAACUAUUAUGAGUAAUUUCAUUGGGGCUUAUUAUUCUCCAAGUGAAAUAGGAAGACAUAUUAUUGAAAUUUUUAUUGAAGGUCAACCAGUAGAUGGUAGUCCAUUUUCUUGCAAUGUGUACAAUAUAAAUAAUAUUAAAGUAACUGGACUUAACACUGCCAAAGCUGGUAAACCUGUAACAUUCAGUGUUGAUGCAACAGAAGCGGGUGAAGGUACUUUGGAAUUAGUGGUCAGCAGCCAGCAUGGUACAGUUAAAGCGGAAGUAGUUGCUUGCUCAAGAGGAUUAUAUGAUGUUACUUUUGUACCUCAUUAUCCUCUACCUCAUUUUGUUAACAUAACAUUUAACGAUGAAAUUGUACCAGGUAGCCCAUAUAGCUGUGAUGUAUUAGAUUUGAAUGGUGUAAAAAAAGGAGCUUCUGCAUCAUCAAUAACAGCAUAUGGCGAGGGCUUACAAUGGGUUAAAUUAGGGUAUCCAGCUCGUUUUGAUAUUAAUCCUCAUAUAGCUGAUCAUGGCUCUAUAGCUGUAAAUGUUUUAGGUCCUGAAAAUAAAUUGUUACCUGUAAAUUUACAAAAACAUGAUAGUGGUUUAUAUCGAGCAUCUUAUCGUCCUAAUGCAGUUGGUUUAUAUACAGUUACUAUACUUCAUAGAAAUCAACCUAUUGCUAAACAUCCAUGGAAAGUACAAGUUAUUGAUCCAGCAUCAGUUAUUAUAAAUGGUCCAAGUGAAACUAUUUGUAAUAAACCUUCUUCAUUUAAAGUGGAUACUAGAAAUGCUGGAAAAGGACAAUUAUCAGUUACUAUCAAAGCUGCUGGUCAUGAUGUAAAGCUCAAAACUACCGAUGUAGAAUCCAAUGGUAUUCAUCAAGUCCUAUAUCAACCUAUCAUUCCUAUACCACACCAAGUUCAUAUAAAAUAUAAUAGUUUCAAUAUUCACGGAUCUCCUUUCACAGUAAAUGUUCGUGAACAAAAUCCAUCUACUUCUAAUGAACUUCGUGCUACAGGUCAUGGAUUAUACCAGGGAGUUAUUAAUAAAAUGUCGUCUUUUACUAUUGACAGUGCUGGUAAAUCAAGUCACGAAUUUGAUGUUGUCAUUACUGGACCACAACAUAGUGCUGUUCCAACACAAUGCUAUCAGCAUAAAAAUGGUAUGAACUUGAUUGUUGAGUUUACUCCUUCUAAAGUUGGACAACAUAAUAUUGAUGUUACUCAUUUUGGUAAACAUCUUAAGGGAUCACCAUUCACAUGUAAUGUAUACGAUACAAAAAAUGUUAAAGUUAUUGAUUUACCAGAAAAAAAUAGUGCAGUUAUGUAUAGACCUGCUAUGUUUAAAUUAUUACGCAGGAACGCUGGUUUAGCUGAUUUUACAAUUACUUGUCUUGGACCAGAUAAUGAAGAUAUUCCGAUAGAUUUAAAAAAUUAUAGUGAAGAUAUUGAUGUUGUUCAAAUAUAUCCUACUUCGGCGGGAGAUUAUAUUUUCAAUAUUCAAUAUGGAAAACAUCACAUUGCUGAAUCUCCUUUAAAAAUUAAUGUAGCAGAUAUAGGAGUACCUAGAGUUUGGGGGUCUGGCCUUUUUAAAGCUUUAAAAGAUGUAACUGCUCGAUUUUUUGUCGCUGCUCUUGGAACUGCAUAUCACACUGCACCAAAAGUGACUGCUAAUAUCAAUGGAAAUAAUGUAGCUGUAACAGUUAGUCAGUCACCUAAUGGAAAUGAAGGAGAGUAUGAAGUAUCUUUUACACCUAAUAACAUAGGAAUUUGUGAAAUCAGUAUUGUAUGGAAUGGAAAACAUGUAGAAGGUUCACCAUGUAGAUGUAGAGUUGUUGAUAUAAAUAAAGUAAUUACAGUUGGAGAAUCACAGUUAAAUAACCGUUUAGUUAUAGGUGUUAAUACGCCAUCAACAUUAACUUUUGAUACUUCAUCUGCUGGACCGGGUGAACUUGAAGGUCGUUUAGAAAGUCAAGGAGGGACAAUAGCUCCUACUAUAAUGGAUUGUUCUGAAAACACAGUUAAAUGUGUACUAACACCACAUGUAUCAGGCCCACAUGUUUUGUAUUUAAGUUAUGCGGGUUUUCCAUUGCCUAAUUCACCAUAUCCAGUUUUAGUCGAGAGUGGUGCUGCUGGUGUUCGAGUAUUACUUUCUGGCAGUGGAUUAAACUCUGCUAUUUGUGGACAACAAUCAGAGUUUACAAUCGAUGGUUCUCAAGCUGGACCAGGAAACCCAAUGGUGACUUUGGCUGGUUCAAGAAAUGAAAUAAAUGUUAAUAUUGAACAAAUGGGAGAGAAUCUGUACCGUGCUACUUAUUCUCCUGUACAUCCUGGAGCUUAUUUGUUGAAUGUUCUGUGGGGUCAUAGGCAAGUGAAAGGAUGUCCAAUGAAAGUCAAUGUGACUGGAGUAUGUGAUGCCAGUAAAGUUUUAUGUACUGGAGAUGGUCUUGGUAUUGGUACAGUUGGCAAAGAUAUUAGAAGUUUUAUUGAUACACGAAGAGCUGGACCAGGUGAGUUAAGUGCCCAUUGCAUAGGACCUCAUAAAGUUGCUUAUUGUGAAUUGUAUGAUCAUGGUGAUGGCACAUUUACAUUGAAUGUUAAACCACAAGAAUCAGGGAGACACACUCUGACAGUAAAAUAUGCUGGUGAGGAUGUUCCAGGAAGUCCUUUUACUGUAAGAGUUAGUGGUGCGCCUGAUGCCAGUAAAGUUCGUGUUUAUGGUCCAGGAAUCGAACAUGGUGUUCUUGCAAUAUUUCAGAGUCGUUUUAUUUGUGACACACGUGGAGCUGGUGCUGGUCAAUUAACUGUCAGAGUCAGAGGACCAAAAGGAGCUUUUCGAGUUGAGAUGCAACGUGAAAACCAAAAAGACAGAACUAUACUUUGUAAGUUUGAUCCAACAGAACCGGGUGAUUAUCGUGUUGAAGUAAAAUGGGCAGGUGAACAUGUACCAGGUUCUCCAUUUAUGGUAAUGAUUUUCGACACUCAAGAAGAACUUAAUAGAUUCUUACAGGGUAAUCAUUCUCCUAUUGGAUCAGAUUUAUAUAGUAGUGUAAAUUAUUCAUCAAGUUAUGCUCACAUCACACCUUAAGUUUAUUAAAAUUAAAAUUAUAUAUUAAUGUUUUUUUUUAUUUUUGUUAGAAAUGUGUAUGAAACUAUUAAUAUUGUUUUAACUAGGAUAACUGAAUUAUAAAUCCGUCCAAAUGACUUAAUUGUUGCUUAAUAUUUAUUCGUAUUAUUAUUAUUUAUUUUAUAUUGAUUUUUUUUUUUUUUACGAAUUAACUUAUUAAAUUUAAUCAAAAUAUAU